AAGUUGUUUGGGGUUUCAGGUAAAAGAUCCCGGAGAUGUUGCCUUCGCCAGAAAAAACAAACGGCGCUUCUGCUGUAUAAAUAUUGCAAUUGCAGUCGAUCGUCAGGCAGCUGGUGUGAUGAUGAAUGCUGACGAUUGCAAUGGCCGUUCGUACAUGUCAGGUAGUGGAGAUUCUUCAACAGAGCGCGAGUUUUUUGCAGGGCUCAGAGGACCCACUGUGAGCACACCAAACAGUCAACAGUCCUCACCCAGCCGCUCACUCAGUGCUAACUCCAUCAAGGUGGAGCUGUAUAGUGACGAGGAGGCAGGUGGUGCUCCACUGGCAGAAAGGAGAGUUGGGGAGAAGGAUGAAAGAUGGAAAGAUGAAAAGGGCGAGUUGGCAGAAGAUGGUGGUGUGGAGAUGGUCGGAGGUACACGAGGGCAGGCUGGGAGCGGCUGCGGGGAGAUGGCCAGCUCUGAGCCCGCAUCCCCAGGUCCCAUUCGGCUGCCCAAUGGGAAACUUAAAUGUGACAUAUGUGGGAUGAUUUGCAUUGGACCCAAUGUUCUAAUGGUGCACAAGCGCAGCCAUACAGUCUUGGUCUCUGUAGGUGAGCGGCCAUUCCAAUGUAACCAGUGUGGGGCCUCCUUCACUCAGAAGGGCAACUUGCUGCGUCACAUCAAGCUCCACUCUGGCGAGAAGCCCUUCAAAUGUCCCUUUUGUAACUACGCCUGUCGUCGCCGUGAUGCCCUGACAGGACACCUCCGCACCCACUCCGUGUCCUCCCCUACAGUAGGGAAGCCCUACAAGUGCAGUUACUGUGGCCGCAGCUACAAGCAGCAGAGCACCCUGGAGGAGCAUCGUGAGCGCUGUCACAGCUACCUACAGAGUCUGGACCACCAGCCUGCUCGCAACACCCAGCCUGCACACGGUGAAGAGUCCCAUAACAUGGAGAUGAUGUCUGAAGCCCUGAUCCAGUCCUCCUCAGAGAAGAUGACCUUCAUUGAUCGACUGGCCAAUAGCAUCACCAAGAGGAAGAGAUCUACACCCCAGAAGUUUCUGGGUGAAAAGCACAUGCGACUGAAUAUAUCCGAAGCACCUUAUGAACUUGACCCCAAUGCUGAUAAAGAAGGGGACAUGUUGCUUUCGCACCCCGAGGGUGACACCGCUGCUGUAGCAGGCAUGGGAGGGCGUUUCCUGCGGGCACCGAGAGGAGGCAGCAACGAUGUGGAUCCUUCCCACUCCCUGCGGAUGCCUCCCCACUCCGCCUGCCUCUCAGAGUUCACCCCAGUCAUCAGCUCCGUAUACCCUCACAUAACUCCUCUAGGGCAGCGUCUAAACUGUGCAGGGGGCAUCUCCAAGAGCCUGGCCGGGAGGGAGGCCGGCGAGGGUCAUGAAGAUGUGCCCUCUACCCGCAGCCGCGCCGCCUCGCCAAGCAACGGUUACCAAGAUUCGACAGACACUGAGAGCAUGGCAGAGGAACAGUACGUCAUCACCUCGGUGCCACCGGGAAACUUGAACCACCGCGGGCGAGAGCGGCACAGUCCUAGUCAUGCCAAAGAUAUGGACAUGGAAGGGGACAGGGAGAAAGGGGUUCCUGGGGGUUUACUGACCAAGGCGAGCCCGCGCUCGCCACCAGCGAGGGAAGCCAUGCAAGUGGUGGAUGGGGAAGGGCGGCCGGUGCGCUCCUUCCGCUGUGAGCACUGUCGCAUUUUCUUCCUGGACCAUGUCAUGUUCACCAUCCACAUGGGCUGCCACGGCUUCCGCCAGCCCUUUGAGUGCAACAUCUGCGGGCACCGCAGCCAGGACCGCUACGAGUUCUCCUCGCACAUUGUCCGCGGGGAGCACCAGGUUGGCUGAGGUGGGCUUGUAGAUGGCAGAAGUCGAGACUGGGGGGGAGAUGUACAGAGUUGUAUGCUGCUUUGAGAUGGCGUCAUGGCGUCUAGUUCGGUCUGCACCAGGUUGGGGCAUAUUAGCACUUGCUUUUAUAGUUAGCGGACAUCAUAUUUUACCGUCGAAGGCUAAUCACUUAGGUACGAACAUAAAACGUGCAAUUGCAUCCCGUGUUAGAGGAUGUCAAGAGGAUUCAAACGGAUUCUACCGAUUGCACUCCCAUACCAAGUCAUUCAUCGCAAGACACAGCUGUUUUGCUUUAGAAGUGCCUUCCUUCCGUGGGGUUUAUUUUUUAUCAGUUGAGAAGAGAAAUUCGAGGUGUGAGAUUAGGUCUAUACUCAUCUGUUCGGUGGCGUUUACAUAGAGUCUGCCUCUUGAAGAGAGAAAGACAAUGAACUGCUUUGGCGUCCAAAGUCUGGACUGUUUCCAGAGUGGUUUUCCAAAUUUCUGAGCCUGUUAAACAAGAGAAAGC